AAUCUCUCUCUCUCUCUCUCUCUCUCUCUCUCUCUUUGUGUCUCUCUCUCUGUGUCUUCUUUGAGAGACGAUGAUGGCGUCUGGUCCCCUGUUGACUCUGUUCUUGGCAUUGCUCUCUGCUUUCGGGCUUUUGUUCGCGUUACCCGAUGCGGCCGUUGAAGAGCGGGGAGUGCAACAGCCACUCUCGGACAAGGACCGCCUUCUCAGCUUCAAGGAUGGCCUCGAGAACCCGGAAACUCUCGCUUCGUGGACACCGUCGAUGACGCACUGCGAGUGGGACGGCGUCGCCUGUGACGGGGCCGGCCGAGUCGUCUCGCUCUCGCUCUCGGCUCAGUCCCUCAGAGGCCCUCUCUCGCCUUCCUUGUUCUCGCUAUCUGCCCUCACCUCCCUCGACCUGUCGCUCAAUCUUCUCUACGGAGACAUCUCCGACCGAGUCGCACAGCUUAGGAGCUUAAAGGAGCUUUCUUUGGACGGCAACGGGUUUUCGGGCGAGGUCCCGAGCACACUCGGCGAGUUGACUCAUCUCGAGACGCUCAAGCUCGGCGGGAACUCGCUCGCGGGGAAGAUUCCGUCGGAGCUCGGGAACCUCGCGCGGCUCCAGACCCUCGACCUCUCCGGCAAUGCGCUCUCAGGCGAGGUGCCGAGUCGGAUCGGCGAGUUGGCCCAGCUGAAGUACUUGAACUUGGCCAACAACCUCCUCUCAGGUUCAUUCCCUGCAACUUUUCUCACUGGGCUCUUGUCUUUAUCUUCGCUGGACAUAUCGAACAACUCGUUCACUGGUCCAAUACCACCUGAAAUUGGCAACUUGAAAAACCUGACCGAGCUUUACAUUGGCAUUAACCAGUUCUCUGGCUCACUACCUCCUGAAAUAGGAGAGCUUGACAAUCUUGAAAAUUUCUAUUCGCCCUCGUGUUCUAUAACUGGCCCACUCCCUGAGGAAAUGUCAAAGAUGAAGUCUCUCAAUAAACUUGACCUUUCUAAUAACCCCUUGAAGUGCGCUAUUCCAAGAUCCUUUGGGAAGUUGCAGAAUUUGACCAUACUCUAUAUGGUCACUUCUGAGCUUAACGGGUCGAUUCCUGGUGAGCUCGGGAACUGUCGAAACCUGAAGACUCUAAUGCUUUCCUUCAAUUCUCUCUCUGGGCUUCUGCCUGAGGAGUUGUCUCAGCUCCCCAUGUUGUUGACCUUUGCUGCCGAAAGGAACCAACUUUCUGGUCCGUUGCCUUCGUGGCUGGGGAGGUGGAAGAUGGUGGAGUCGAUUCUGCUUUCAAGCAACCGGUUGUCAGGGAAAAUCCCUCCUGAGAUUGGGAACUGUACAAUGCUGAAGCACCUUAGCUUGAGCAAUAACAUGUUGAUGGGUCCUAUACCGAAAGAAAUGUGUAAUGCAGGGUCUCUGACGGAUGUCAUUCUCGAAAGCAAUUUCUUAGCCGGCACUCUUGAUGAUGUGUUUGUGAACUGUGUGAAUCUGACUGAGUUGGUGUUGGCAAAUAAUCGCAUCGGCGGAUCGAUCCCGGACUAUCUUUCGAAUCUCCCGCUUUUGGUGCUAGACAUUGAUUCAAACAACUUCGUGGGCCCAAUACCAGUCAUUUUAUGGAGCUCUUUGAAUUUGAUGGAGUUUUCUGCAUCAAACAAUCUUUUUGAAGGGACUUUAUCUGCUGAAAUUGGUCAAGCUGCUUCAUUGGAGAGGCUUGUUCUUAGUAACAACAUGUUGAAAGGUAGCAUACCUAAGGAGAUUGGGAAUCUGACUUCUCUAUCUGUCCUCAACUUGAACUCAAAUCAGUUUGACGGGAAUAUCCCUGUUGAGCUUGGAGAUUGCUCUAGCCUGACGACGCUGGACCUCGGUAAUAAUCGCCUCAGUGGAUCCAUCCCUGAUACUCUAGCUGACUUGUCUCAGUUGCAGUGCUUGGUCCUUUCUCAUAAUAAUUUAUCUGGAUCAAUUCCAUCGAGCUCUUCUUCAUAUUUCCAUCAGGUUGGUAUUCCUGAUCUGAGCUUCCUUCAGCACCAUGGGGUAUUUGAUCUGUCCCAUAAUAGAUUAUCGGGCUCAAUACCUGAAGAAUUGGGGGCUUGUGUGGUUGUAGUGGAUCUGUUGCUCAGCAACAACAUGCUUUCUGGUGAAAUCCCAAGCUCCCUAUCUCGCUUAUCGAAUCUCACCACGUUGGAUUUGUCAGAGAAUUUGCUUACUGGCCCAAUCCCUCGUGCAUUGGGCGACUCUCACAAGCUCCAGGGCUUGUAUCUGGGGUACAAUCAGCUGACUGGUUUCAUUCCUGGAAGCUUAGGCCAUUUGAGCAGCUUAGUGAAGCUGAAUUUGACGGGUAAUGAGUUAUCAGGUUCUAUCCCCGCUAGCUUCGGGAAGUUGAGAGGGCUAACUCACUUGGAUCUGAGCUUCAACAAUCUCACUGGUGAGCUUCCUGCUUCACUAUCACAGUUGCAGCAUCUUGUAGGGCUGUAUAUUCAGCAGAAUCAGCUGUCUGGGCCGGUUGAUGAGCUCUUCCUGGAUUUUAUUUCAUUGAGGAUCGAAAUGGUGAACUUGAGUUGCAAUUCUUUUGCUGGAACUCUGCCACCGGCACUGGGCAACCUGUCGUACUUGACCUACUUGGAUCUUCACGAAAACAUGUUUGCGGGAGAGAUUCCUCCGGAACUGGGGAACCUAAUGCAACUUGAAUACCUCGAUCUUUCGAGAAACAGGCUCUCCGGACCCAUUCCUGAUCAAAUGUGCAGCCUGAUCAGCCUCAGCUAUCUGGACUUGGCUGAUAACACAUUGGGAGGGCCAAUACCCUUGAAAGGAAUUUGCCAAAACCUAUCGAAGAAAGCGCUUGCAGGGAACAAGGACCUCUGUGGUAGUAUCAUCAGUUCAGAUUGUCAGAUCAGAAGAUUCGACGGGAGAUUAUUUCUGAUAAAUGCUUGGGGACUUUCUCUAAUCGGGAUAGGGGCCGUGCUUGGGAUGCUCUUCUUAGCUUUUGUUCUGAGGAGAUGGGUGAUUAGAAGCAGUAAGCAAGCUGAUCCCGAGGAAAUCGAGGAGAGCAAACUAAAAAGCUUCAUCAACCAGAAUAUCUAUUUCUUGGGUAGCAGCAGAUCCAAGGAACCAUUGAGCAUCAACGUGGCUAUGUUUGAACAGCCCCUUCUGAAGCUGACAUUAGUGGAUAUUCUCGAAGCCACCAAUAAUUUUUGCAAAACCAAUAUAAUUGGAGAUGGGGGUUUCGGAACUGUUUAUAAGGCCACUCUGCCCGACGGGAGAAUGGUUGCUGUCAAGAAGCUGAGCCAAGCAAAGACACAGGGUCAUCGGGAAUUCACUGCUGAAAUGGAGACUCUAGGCAAGGUGAAGCACCUGAAUCUGGUCCCGCUACUCGGCUACUGCUCCUACGGGGAAGAGAAGGUGCUCGUGUACGAAUACAUGGUAAACGGGAGCUUAGAUCUUUGGCUGAGAAACCGCACUGGGACCCUUGAUGUUCUGGAUUGGCCCAAACGCUUCAACAUAGCGAUUGGAGCCGCACGUGGGCUAGCUUUUCUUCAUCACGGAUUCAUCCCGCACAUCAUCCACAGGGAUAUAAAAGCCAGCAACAUCUUGCUCAAUGAAGACUUCGAGGCCAAAGUUGCAGACUUUGGCUUGGCAAGAUUGAUCAGUGCGUGCGAAACUCAUGUGAGCACCGACAUCGCUGGAACAUUCGGUUACAUUCCACCGGAGUACGGGCAAAGUGGGAGGUCCACUACAAAGGGGGACGUCUAUAGCCUCGGAGUCAUCUUGCUUGAACUGGUGUCGGGGAAGGAGCCCACGGGGCCCGACUUCAAAGAGAUCGAGGGAGGGAAUUUGGUGGGCUGGGUGUUUCAAAAGAUCAAGAAGGGGCGCGCGGUCGACGUUCUUGACCCGAUGGUCCUCAGCGCCGAUUCGAAGACAGCCAUGCUUCAGGUGCUCCAGAUUGCAGCCGUUUGCCUCUCAGACAACCCAGCCAACAGGCCGAGCAUGCUUCAUGUGUUGAAGUUUCUCAAAGGGAUUGAGGAAGAUUGAAUGUGUCACGCUCUGGCGUUUGCAAGUUAGCAGUGACUUUAUGGGUUAAUUUCGCUUACUGUAAAUUAGUUUAGGAACAAAAUCAAGAGGGAAUAGUGCAAAGC